GGUCCAUCUGCAGAAGCAUUGUCACAGUCGUCGACCAACCAGUUGUCAGUCAAGCUCUCUUCGCUGUGUAGUGCAUUAGGCAGAGCAAAUUUACCCCCUGAAAUUUUAAUUUUACUUUCAGGAUCAGUCGAAAAAAAUUACCAAACAUCUACGAUGUUGUUUUACACCCUCAAUUCAUAAAUCAAUCUCCACGAGUAGUUGAUUAGGAACAAUUUCUCCAUCAUGACAACGAAUAAAGAUCGAGCGGAGACCGAUGAGGAAGUGCCGGAGAGAGGCACCUGGGCCAGUAAAACCGAGUUCAUCCUCUCGUGCGCUGGCUAUGCCAUCGGAAUAGGAAAUGUCUGGCGAUUUCCCUAUUUGUGCUACCGAAAUGGCGGAGGAGCUUUCCUGGUGCCUUACCUGCUCAUGCUGUUCCUCUGUGGCAUCCCCCUGUUCUUCAUGGAGUCCUGCUUAGGACAAUUCGGUGGGACAGGAUGCAUCACCAUGUUCAAGAUAAGUCCCUUGUUCAAGGGCGCAGGAUUUGCGAUUGUCAUUGUCAAUCUCAUCUGCACGAUGUAUUAUAACGUUAUCAUUUCGUAUCCACUCCUGUUCCUGUCGAUGUCCUUCAGGAGCAAGCUACCUUGGGAGGACUGCGAUAACCCGUGGAAUACCCCUAGUUGCAUCAAAAUCAACGAUGUUAGAGUUAAAAACACGACAGAGGUCGAAGGUCUGCUGCAGAAAGUCAGUACUCCUGCUGAAGAAUUUUUCAAUCGUCACAUCCUGGAAAUUUCAUCCGGCGUCGACGAGAUGGGCGGCAUUGUCUGGCCUCUCUUCAUCUGCAACCUCAUCUCCUGGAUCAUUGUCUUCCUCUGCAUAUGCAACGGUGUAAAAAGCGUCGGCAAGGUGGUGUACUUCACAGCUACCUUCCCCUUCGCCAUCCUAUUUAUUCUGCUGAUACGAGGCGUCACCCUUCCAGGUGCCUCAGAUGGCAUCUGGUUUUACAUAACACCGAAGUGGUCGCAACUCACUGAUUUACGAGUUUGGGCUGAUGCAGCCAUUCAAAUCUUCUUCUCUUUGGGCCCCGGUUGGGGUGGAAUCGUCAAUAUGGCCAGCUACAAUAAAUUCAGAAAUGACAAUCGAUUAGACGCCAUUUGGAUUCCAAUUCUGAACUGCGGAACCAGCAUUUUCGCUGGUUUCGUAGUCUUCUCCGUCCUGGGGUUCAUGGCCCACAGAACAGGCCUCCCCGUGGCAGCAGUAGCUACUGGGGGACCAUCGUUGGCCUUUGAAACGUACCCUGAAGCCCUCACUAUGCUUCCUUUUCCUCAACUCUGGUCUGUUCUCUUUUUCGCGAUGCUCUACUUUCUGGGGAUGGACAGUUGCUUCGUGCAAAUCGAGGCCAUAAUAUCAAGCGUGACAGACGCGUAUCCACAUUUGAGAAAGAGAAAACAACUCGUGGCGAUGGGCUCCAUGUUUGUACUCUUUUUGGGAUCGCUGAUGUUCGUCACAAAUGGCGGAAUGUACCUUUUGCAAAUGUUUGACUGGUAUGCAGCUUCCGUUUCUGUGAUAUCCAUUUGUCUGGCCGAAGUGAUCGUUGUUGGUUGGACCUAUGGUUGUGACAAUUUCGUUCGUGACGUGGAAUUCAUGUUGGGUAAAAAAUUAAAUCCAUGGUGGCCAUAUUCCUGGAAAUACAUCACACCAGUUAUCCUCACAUUCAUCUUUGCAACGACGAUUGUCUUCAACACGCGAAUAUCGUACAACGGUGUUCAAUACCCUGAGUGGGCAGUCCUUCUGGGGUGGUGUUCCUGCAUGGUGAGCAUGCUCUGCAUACCAGGAUACAUGAUCUACUUUCUUCUGAAGACGAAGGGAUCCUUGAAGAAGAGAUUCGAGGUCGGCACCAGCCCUACCCCGGAGUGGGGACCCCAGAAGGCAGCAGACAGGGAAGCGUGGAAGCGAUAUCUCUCAGGAACGAGUGACCCUGAGCUCCCCAACAUAAGUAUUAUAAAAAUUACGAGUCUCUGAGAAAUGUAUUACGAGAAGAUUAAAAUUAAAAACAUAUCGUUCAUGGAUCUCAUACAUCAGGGAGACGUUGGCGCCAUCCGUUUUCAUCUGUCUGACAUGUUAACCUAAGAAAUGUAAAAUAUAAGGCUUCAGGAAAUGAAUCAAAA